GUAAAGUCUGAAUCGGCGGGAGAUCCGAAAAACAGUCGACAAUCGUCGUCGAGACGAGACGGAAGUUUAGCGCCGCCGACUUGGAUCGCAUUGCUCGCGUAAUUUUUCGCCGGGUUAUCGUAUUUAGUUAGGGGUGCGUUCUGUUUAUCAUGGUAAAUGUUUCGAGCCAACGGUAUGCGUACCAGAACGUUCGCAAUUGAAAGUGGCCAGGGUGCCUUUCUGGCGAGUGCACACUCGGAGGUAAUCUCCGUGGUGCAGCACACCGUAGUGAUUCCCGGGUUUUAUUAAAUGCGACCUUCGGAGCGCAGUAGUUCUAGUGCAAGAUCAUUACGACGUCCGGUUGAGUCGACGAAAAUGGGUGUAAUUUCGGAAAAAACCUAAAACAGUGACUCGUUUUUUUUUUUCUUGGUUAGCGAUCGUGACUGAAGUCAGAGUCAGUCUAACCAAAAAAAGAAGUGCCUGCGACAUAGAACUGUCAACGUCACCAUUUCUAUCUGUGAUAAAUCCAAGAAAAAUUAAUGUUUUGUCGAAUCCGUGCUUUCCCAUUGUGAUACGUAAGAUUAGGUACUAUAUACAUGUGCGUGACAGUGAUUACUUGGACGAGAUGCCGUACCAGCAGUACAAUACCAUAGGAAGGGAGCGGAAAGGCUCUAUAAGCUCGAUGAAUAACGUCACCAAUUGGUUUUCGUCCUUGAAGAGGAACAAGAAGUCGAAACAAAGGGCGGACACCACAUCCAAGAGUGCGUGGGAUUUGUCGACCAUUUCUAGUGGGAUCAAACGAGCGUGCCGGUCGUCGAUGUGCUCCUGCGCACGUGUUUGUGCUUCGUUUUUUGUGCACACUUUGAUGUAUUCCUGUUGUCCGUGUUCCACCGGCGAGGGGCAACUGAAAGAUGAACUGUGUGAGGUGGUCGCAGAGAUGGAAUCUCUCGACUCAGGAGAGGAGGGCAAGAACAGCAACAAGACCAAAAUGAUGUCAAUCGGACGAAAAAAGUUUAACAUGGACCCCAAGAAGGGCAUAGAGUACCUAAUUGAGAAAGGACUGCUGCAGAACACGGCGGAAAGUGUCGCGCAGUUCCUCCACAAAGGCGAAGGGCUAAACAAAACGGCGAUCGGUGAUUAUCUGGGCGAAAGAAACGAUUUCAACGAAAAGGUUCUCCAAGCGUUCGUCGAUCUGCACGAUUUCACCGAUCUAAUACUAGUCCAAGCAUUAAGGCAAUUUCUCUGGAGUUUUCGGUUGCCGGGCGAAGCGCAGAAGAUAGACCGUAUGAUGGAGUGCUUCGCAAAGAGGUACUGCGACUGUCAAGGGGACAGCAAUAUUUUUACGAACUCGGAUACGUGUUACGUGCUGUCGUUCGCAAUCAUAAUGCUGAAUACCAGUUUGCACAAUCCCAGCGUGAAGGAGAAACCGACCAUAGAUCAGUUCAUUAAUAUGAACCGCGGCAUCAAUCAGGGACAGGAUUUACCCAGGGAAUUAUUAGUUAGUUUAUACGAAAGCAUCAAGGCAGAACCGUUUAAAAUACCGGAGGACGACGGUAACGACUUGAUGCACACUUUCUUCAACCCCGACAAAGAGGGCUGGUUGUGGAAGCAGGGAGGCAGAUACAAGAGUUGGAAACGGAGAUGGUUCAUACUAAACGACAACUGCUUGUAUUAUUUCGAGUAUACGACUGAUAAAGAACCGAGGGGGAUCAUUCCGCUUGAAAACAUAUCGAUACGAGAGUGCCAGGACCGUCAAAAGCAGUACUGUUUCGAACUGUAUGCCAGCGGAGGGGCGGAUUUUAUUAAGGCAUGUAAGACUGAUUCAGAAGGCAAAGUAGUAGAAGGCAAACACACCGUUUACCGCAUGUCGGCCAGUAGCGACGAAGAACGAAAGGAGUGGAUCCAACGGCUCACCCAAAGCAUAAGUCAUAAUCCGUUUUACGAUAUGCUGGCUAGUCGAAAGAGAAAAGCUCAAUUCGCCAAAAACUAAAACGAUCUUUGGUAUUGGUGUGUGUAUUAUCCCGGAGCUUUGUAAUUUGCAAACAUUUUUUAAAAAUGUUACAAGGAAUUGAUUUUGAACGAAGACUGUAGAGGGUCGCCCAAGUUUCUAUUUAAGUGCAACGAAUUCGCAAUGUACAAGUUGAGGUUGUACAUUUUAUAUCUAUUAAAAAUCUGUCAAUUGCAACGAAAAAGUUGAAUUCGCUAAAAAUCCAGCUCACAUUGACCAGAUAACUUCUUCUCACAACUUUAUUUAUUCUGUCUUAAUCUGAAAGUAAACAGGAUCGGUUUUGAGAAACUGCUAAACUCUUUCAUCUAUGUAGAAUAUGAAAAAGGAAGUGCCUAUAAGAAAGAAUUUAUUUAUUUAUAAUAAUUUCCUACCUUAAGGUCUCCAAUGUAAAAAUGAUUUUGUAUUUUCAUUUAAUAUUUAGCAUUUUUCUGGAUGUUCUAUAAAAUGGUCGCCAAAUAUUUUUGCUGCUUUUUGAUUUUGCUUAUACAUCUAUGAUAGGUUUUUUGUACCUGUUAAUAUAGAUUAUGUUCAAUAGCAACCUAGAUUGAUUCUAGGCCAAAAAUAAUUUUUGUUUUGCAGUUCAUGCCGCAAAAAGUGAAGAAAUGUUAAGCGAUUCAAUUUCAUUCAAUUAAUGUUUUGUUUUACUAUUUAGCACUCUAGUUCAACUAUUUAUUAAUAGAUUAGUAGAUUUAUGUUUCCUUUUACGAAACAAUAAUCAACCUUAUGAGCUUUCAAAGUAACCAAACCAUUUUAUAUCAUUAAUAUUACAACAGAAAUCAAAAUUGGUAUUUAUUAAGAAAAGGAAAUAAUUUGAAUUUGAAAUUAUCCUUUAUGUGAUAAUUAAUUUAAUAAUUUCUGCUUUGAUUUAAGAUUUUUGUUACUAGUCGUAGUAAUUUUUCAAAUUAGUCUAUUAUUGUUGGGCACUCUUUUUAUUUAUUUAUUUUAGAGUGUAAAGAGUGAAUUAUAAUUAAGGCAAGGGAAUCAAUCCUUCCACUAUAGUAUAAACAUUUUAAUAUUGGUAAGUAAAUUAAUUUAAGUAAUUGUUGCAAUAUUGUUGUAUAUACGGUUGUUUUUUUUUUGUCAUUCUUUUUAGCAGUGUAUAAUGUAUAUAAUUAUUUAUACACACCUAGUAAUUGUUUUGUAUAGUUGUGUAAAUAAAAUUUGUGAAUUUCCUAGUAACUUUUAUUAUUUAUAAAGACCUCUGUACCUAAAAAAAACAGAAUAGUGCUGCCGAAUUUAAGAAAUAUGCAUUAGUCCGAAGCAUCAUAUCUGACUGAAUAGCUCACCCUGUAUCACUCUAUUUUUGCCUUAUUUAUCUUCAAACAUUGCUUAAGUUAUGAAGUGGAGAGCUUUGCGUCAACUUAUUAAAGAAAAAAUUAAAUAUGUAAAAGCUGUAGAGUCCUUGAUAAUUGAAAUAAGUUAAAGGAAGGGGAAACAAUACACCUAAACAUGUUUUAUUACUUUUACGUAGUACAUAACACCUAAUCAAACAAGCAAUGAAAUCUGCAUAAAUUUAGACCAAAGUAACAAAAGACAUUAAUUUUAGGAAA